AAACUUCAACCGUCUCUUUCUCUCUCUAUAUCUCUCCCUUUCUCUCUCUAUAUCUAUUUCUCUCGCUUGAAAAUAUAUCAGCUAGCAACGUGUAUGAGCAGAUACACAGUUCUGAAAUCUGCAAUCAUUCAUACUUGUACUUGUUUCUCUUUUGUCUCAUCAACUGCAAUUUUACACGCCAUUUCUGGACAGUUCAUCCGUAGGUUUCCGUGAUUGAUUGCGCAAUCUGAGUAAUCUGACUCAUCUGAUCACGAAAGGGAGAAACUUGAGGUUUUCUAGCGAUUCAUGGGGAUAUACAAUGAUCUUUCUUCCACGUGGUCCCCCUUGUCUGGUUCCAAAACCCUAGAUUUUACUGCUCAACUGUAUUAAAUUCAUUUGGUUGUAGACCUUUCUGGAGUUCUAUUUCACUGCAAUUGUAGUUUAUUAUUCCAUGGAAGAAGUUAAUCCCAAGAUGAAGAAUUACUUUUCAGAAUUGAUACACAGAUAAAAUUGUUUUUGGACAUUGGUGAAGAGUUUCCAUUGUGAUCUCGAUGAAAACCAGAUAUAUGCAACACGGGUAUAUGUAUAACUAGACCAGUGUGAAUGGAUGUAAAUGCACCAGAGCAACCAUUAAAGAAGCUUUCUGUAGAGGAAACUUCAAGAAAACCUUUGGCUCCGGCUGCCAGGAACGAUGGAGGCACACGACGAUCUCAAACAAGGGAAGUUAGUUCGAGGUAUAUGUCACCUGCACCGUCUACCCCUAGACGUUUCCCUUCACCCAGCACCAACAGGACAACUAAUGCAACAUCCCAAAUGGUACCUAAGAGAGCUACAACAGCAGAAAGAAAGCGUCCAUCUACACCAUUAUCACCUAAAAGGCCAUCAACUCCUGUCCAGGAUACAUCAGUUGAUAUUCAUAUGGCUUCCAGAAAGGAAUCAGGGAAUCGGAUGCCAGAAUUAUUAUGGCCAUCUACAAUGCGUAGUCUCAGCGUUUCCUUCCAAUCCGAUUACAUUUCCGCUCCCUUCACUAAAAAGGAAAAACCUGUUUCUCCAUCUCUUUCAAAUCGUGCUUUGAGGCCAUCAUCAAAUGUUACACAGAAAACACCUGUUACUUUGCGGAGGCCCACUCCAGAGAGGAAAGGCACUCUUCUUAAAGGGAAUCAUUCCGAGAAUUCUAUACCUGGUGAUGGCUUGGAUGCUCGUCUAGUGGGUCAGCAUGGAUGGCCAAGCAGUACUGGUGGGAAAAAAAGUUCCAGCACUCUAGCCAGAACUGCCAAACCCUCAGUGCCAUUGAAUUUAGGAACUAGGCCAUCCUGCAUCCCCAAAGAUGACUUUAGAAGAGAUUUACAGAGAUCUGCAAGUGACACUGCGAGCCUGGUAUCAUUUGAGAACCUUGAAAGCUUAGAACGUGAUGCACGUUCUGUUAAUGACAACCCAUUGCAGGGUUCAAAGUUGCAAAUGUCUUCUCAUUCGGUAAAACAGCUAAGACCAGUGACCCCUGCAUCCCCAAAGAAGAAGGCCUUACCAGCACAAUCUUUUCCUAGAGGUCUGAGUCCCUCUCGACCGAGGAUACCUACUCCUACUCCUUCUAGAGGCGUUAGUCCAACUCGUAUUCCUUCUAGAGGUUUUAAUCAAACUCCUAUUCCUUCCAGAGGUGUUAGUCCAACUCCAGUUCCGUCGAGAGGUGUUAGUCCAUCUAGAAUAAGGCCAUCUAGUCCAUCAAGGCAAGAAUCAACCAGCUCAACAACCUCUGUACUCACCUUUACUCCUUAUAUUAAAAAAGGAAAAAACAUUUCUAACCACUUAGAAGAUGUCCAUCAGCUGCGGUUACUAUACAAUCGACAUUUACAAUGGCGAUAUGCCAAUGCCCAAUCUGAUGCUACUCUGCAGAGACAAAAAACUAAAGUAGAGAAAACCUUAUACAACAUGUCAAAUGCUAUGGUAGAAUUGUGGGUAUCGGUGAUUCAGAAGAGGACUGAACUCCAGCAACUAAGGAUGAAGUUGGAUCUAUAUUCUAUUUUGAAGGAACAGAUUGUGUUUCUUGAUGAAUGGGCUUCAAUUGAGAGGAAUCAUACUUGUUCAUUAUCUUGGGCAAUUGAAGACCUUGAAUCAAGCAUUCUUCGCGUUCCUUUCACUGCAGGAGCUAGAGGGCAAACAGAAACUGUCAAUGCAGCCAUUUAUUCUGCUCUCAAUGUUAUUCAGUCAAUGGGAUCCUCCAUCUAUUCAACACUAAGGGUGGACGGAGUAACCUCACUGGUUGCUGAAUUGGCUAAUGUAGCUACACAGGAAAGACUCAUGCUUGAUGAAUGUGGAGCAUUAUUGACUUCAAUUGCAGCAAUGCAGGUAGAAGAAUAUAGCCUUAGGACUCAUCUGAUACAAUUGAAAGAAAGCCUUAAAGAAGCAGGGUGAGGUGCAUAUUGCAGCCAAGUAUGAAGGAUCAUACAAUUUGAUAUUUAUUUGAUUCCCUCUAAAAAUCUAAUCUACUAACCAAAACUGGUGUACUUUUGCUUACUUCUUCAAUGAAAUUAAGCAAAUAUAUAUAAAUUGUGACACCCUUUUAUUGUACAUUUCCUUUUUUUCAAGUUUUAAUCUCUACAGGAAACUUCUUUCCUGUGUUUUCCCCC